AUGGAUGAAUAUUACUACUUCUUUGUUAUCAAUGCAAUACUGAGUGGUACUGCUAGGCUCAAUGUUCUUUUACCCAUAGUCACCACACUUGCCUUCAGCAUUUUUGCACCUAUUCUAACCAAUGAUGGUGAAUGUAGCACACUGAAUCGCUUGUUGAUGGGCACUUUUCUAUUUAUCUUGGCAGUUUCUUGUGUCUUAUUCACCUUCACUGACGCCUUCAGAAGGCAGGUUUAUUAUAAGGUGGCAACAUUCAGAGGGAUAUGGACUUUCUAUGGUGGCAAGAAGAAACUAUGUGUGCCAUCAGAAUACAGGCUAAAUGGGUUGAUCAAUUCCAUGCAUCAUUAUCCUUGCUCUCUUUUCUUGCUUUUAGCAGGAUUACACUUUGAUGAUGUGACACAGGAAUGCCCAGAAAGGUGA